AUGCCAGAAGACAAGAAUGACCUUGACGAUGCAACAUUAAUUCAAGAGUACCAGCGACUGGAAGAAGACUUUUUUUACAAUUUCCUACGAUCAGAUCAACAGCAUUUGCUUAACACGCCUGAUCUUCAUGACGCUUUUCUUUUCGGCGAAAUCGGUUUCCUUGUUGCGGGAUUGAAGCCUUGCGUCCUAAUUGACCUUCCACCCGCUGUGGCACGACUCUACAAACAACACGUCCUUGAUCGGGUUGCCGAAUCCGAGUUUGCACGACGCGAUAUCCAAGUAACAGAAAUUCAGGCGAAUAUCUCUAGCCCAGAAAUGAUGAGUUUACAGGGUUGUUUUAUCGUGUAUCACAUGAGACAAGCACCACAGCCACUCCUGUCUCCUAGCAACAGUGACGAUUGUGGCCGAGUAAUUAUCACCGAGGCGACACUGGCGAACAUUCUCGAUUAUCCUGGCUCAUUGCCUACCAGCAUGCAACAAGUGAUGAGCAUGCUUGAGGUAGUUUACUAUACUCGCGAGCAAGGAGGACGAGUGCAAAUUUUGACGAUGUUUGCUGCACUUGAGCAUGAGGUAGAGCAAGUCAAAGCCCAUUUCAAAAGGUAUUAUGAUAUCUGUCGCGAGAAAUUGGCAUGGGACAUCAAGUUGUUGAUACGGCGGCCACAGUAG